GAUUGCAGUCUAAAUCUGCACAUCCAGCCUAAGGUACACCAGAUAACCUUCAUGAAAGUGUAGGCAUCUGUUUGGCACCAUCAUAAAACAUCUUCCUGUAUGAGGUUUAGAAAAGGAUUUGAAAGAGCAAAGGCAAUUGUUUGAUAGGUGGGAAGAGGAGAGCGGUUCUGGCACACUGUAACAGAGAUGGAAUUAUUGCAUCCACCCCGAAAAUCUGAAAACUUCCUGAUUUGUGUUCAUCAAUAAUUAAGAGACCAUCAGCAAUACUCAGAGGGAGCUUGCAUUGCACUUCUGAGCAGCCAGUUAGUAAUGUACGGUGGAGAGAUCCUCUUUUUCAAAUCCCAGGGCUCCGGGCCAUGCAAUGCUAGUAUCACAUUUUCAAUUAGCUUCUGAGCGAAUGCUUGGCAUAUGUAGAAGUGAACUGGUACACAAUUGGCUUAUUGUUCCUUUCAGCUUUGUGCUGAGAGGAUCUGAAAGACUGCAGAAGAGAGGGAAGAAAAAAGAAAAUAGCCAAGCCAGCAGCAUCUCCGUGGAUGUGGAAUACGGGAGUUGCUCAGCUCACACAGAUUCCUGUGCUGUUGGAGUUACAGCAGUUACUGAGGAGAAGUCAGGCUGGCUGUGGGGAGGGUGCCCGGGCAGAGGCACAGCCGAGUCUCAAGCUGCUCUUCUCUCCUCUGACUCACCUCAGCACCACGAUGGAGCCCAACAGCCCUAAAAAAAUACAGUUUGCCGUGCCACUGUUUCAGAGUCAAAUAGAUCCCGAGGCAGCUGAGCAGAUCAGGAAACGAAGGCCUACUCCAGCAUCACUCGUCAUCAUGAAUGAGCACGUGGCCCCAGGAAAAGAUGAGAAAAGAACAAAUAUCUCACAGGCAGAGUCCCAGAGCGCCUCUCCCAAGCAAAGGAAGCAGAGUGUCUUCACCCCACCUGCCCUCAAAGGGAUUAAGCAUCUGAAGAGUCAGAGUGAUUCAGCAUUUCCAGAGGAAGAAGAGGGAGUUAGUGAAAGGGAAGAGGAGUGGGGCCAUUAAGAAGCAUGGAGCCUCGAGACUUUUCGUGGAGAGUAACUGAACUGUGCAGCCGUGCGUGUGUCAGACCAUUUGCCACUGCUUGUGUCCCUGCACUGCAGCGCUCCAUGUGCCGGUGGUGCCAGGACUUCCUGAGGAGCGCCCUUGGCUAGGUUUUACAGUCACCUGCAAAUGUGUUUUGUGAUCCUUAUACUCAAAGAUGAAACAGUUAUUUUAAAGUAAAUUUUCUUUCAUUUUCUAUGACUUAGAAAUGUAAUUUGCAAAUGUGUUAGUGACCUGACAUCAGUACUGCCAGAGCUUAACUACUGUGUGUGAGCUGUACUCUAAGAGCUGUUGUAAAUAUAACUGAUUUAAAAGCUACAAAAUAAAUAAUACCCUCACUUAGAUAAGAUUGUAUAUUGUACAGUGGGUUUGUCUAGCAUGCAGAGAAAUGUUUGUAUAGAAUUAUCAUCUUGGUUAAGGGCAGCUUUUACCAGCAUUGUUAGAGUUACUUGCAGUAAUGUAGAUAGAAAUAAGUAGGCAGGGAUGACUCCUAGUCUAGAGAAGAGGGAUGCAAAGAAGCUUCCCCAUGUUCCCUGCAUACGCAACACUUAGAAUACUUGUCUUGCUGUUGACAUGAGGCUGCCUUGCCACAUCAGCCAAAACAAUUUCUCUUUACACAAGAUCAUUGCUGUCUGGAGGCAUUACAGAAAGUUUCGGUAUGUGUUACAUGAAACAAAGGAGUGUGCAAGACCCAUGAGCAGGGUCCCACGCAUCAGCUGAACCUUGGGAAAUGCUGUUAUUCACCUGCUUCAUCUACAGCUGUUAGAGGGUACAGGCUUCGCUGAGAGAGAGGGACAGACUACUCU